CAGGAUUUUGUUGAUAAAUGUGCUGAGCAUAAUUUUGGGAUAUUUGUUGUUGAAUUUGUUGACCAUGAAUUUGUUGCUGGAGUUGUUGUUGACCCAUGUUUUGUUGGAGAAAAAGAUGUUGAUCAAAUUUAUGGUCACGGAAAAGAAGUUAUUUCAGGAGCCACUUUUACAAUUGUAGAAAAAUUAAAACCAACAAUUUCUGAAACUAAACAAGUUAUUGGUCAUGCAGCACAAAAAUGCAAAGAGGUCAUUACACAUCCUAUAUAUUAUGUGCAAAAAGCAACAUCCUUCUUUUGGGAAAAUUUUCCUCCUUUAAGUUGGUUUACUUAUGGAGUGAUAGCAUUAAAUGCCAUACCUUUAACAAUCCUAUUGACAUUUCUUUUUGUUACAACAAGUAUUGUUAUGUUGAUCACUGGUACCGGAAUCUUUUUGGCCAAAGGAUUUUUCACUGACUAUAAUACAACAUCACCAUCUUUUAUCCUUUCUAAAACUAGUAGAGUUCUUAUAGGAAGUAAGGAAGGUGGCAUUGGUGGUGAUGGAAGUAAAGAAUUAAUCGAAGAAAUAAUAAUUUUACCAUAUUGA